AUAUUACAAAGCAUACAAGAUGGCGAGCACCUUGAUUUCUGCUAAAUAUCCUACUAACAUCGAUCCUACUAGAACUCCUCUGGCCUAUGGGAAUCGUGCAAUACCACGUUUAAACAGAGAGCUGAACGAUGAAAACUUGUUGGUGCGACAGAGAGCGGUUAUGUCCCUUUGUGAUCAUCUGCAUGACCCUGAACAUAUAGCAGAGUCUAUAAGAAAUGGGAUAGAUAAAAGUUUAAAAAACCUUUUAAAAGAUCCUGACAUCACUGUACGGCAAAAAGCAACAGAAUGCCUCUGUGUUAUGUCAGGUCAUGCCUUAGGGAGAGAUUCAUUUUUGGAAAACCAGACUAUAUUUCCAGUGGCUCUUUUAUUUAAUGACCCUGAACCAAUAGCCAGAAAAAAUGCACAUAUGUGUUUGAUGAGGAUUUCAGAAACGCCCCCAGGUGCUGAUGGCAUUGUGCAAGCACAAUUUGUGGAUCUUUUAGUUAAAAAGUUAGAGAUUGAGAUGGAUAACAUCAAGGAGAUAAUUUUGGACACGCUGCACUUUUGUAUGAGGGUGGACACACUGAGUGCUCUUGAAGCAAAUGCAAUGGAAGCUUUUACUCUGCUGCUGAAACAUGAGCUCCCCACUAUCAGAUUUAAAGCUGCCAGGGACAUUAUGGAUUUAAGUGUUCCUCUAGCUGGCAAGGAUAGAGCUGUAGCUUGUGGAGCUCUCCAGCUGCUGAAGGAUAUGUUAAAAGAUCCAACACCAGAGGUCAGAGCAAAUGCAGCUGGUGCCAUAAUGACGAUUACAAUCACUACCAAAGGAAAAUAUACAGCAAUUCAUGCUCUGACUAUUCCUUCCCUGGUCAGUUUGGUUGAUGAUCUUAAUAGUGAAGUCAGAUUAAAUGCUAUCAAAGCACUGACUUGCUUAUCAGAAGCACCAGAAGGACGGCAAGAGCUGUUGCAGCAUGUGGACAAGAUUCGCAAUCAUAUGAAAGACAACAUACAAUCAGUGGCCAAUGCUGCGAAAACUGCAGUAAAAGUUAUAACAUGGCUGCCAUAAUCUAAUGCUCAAUCAAGUCAAGACAGAGAUUACUUGAAGUAAAAAUAUGUCUGUUACUUUUUAUUUGCAAGCAUGUUAAAAUAUGUGUGUUAUCUAAUCAAUUUGAUAGUAUACAAAAUUUAGCCAAGAAACUUUCCUUGUUCAGUAAAGAAGGUGUUUUAUUUCUUUUAAAUUAAUGAUGUAAAAAAAUUUCAACUGUGAUAAAACCUAGCAUUUCUUUUCUCAAAAAUUAAAAAAAUAUUUGAGUUGUGACAGUAAUAAAAAUAUAUUUUUGGAUGUGGAGAACAUGUGACUUAUAUAUUUUAAUUUUAAAGUAAUAUAUUUUUUAUAUAAAAGUGUAUACGGCCAUUUCUGAGUAACAAUUUUAAAAAAAUGUUUUUAAAAAUGUACAUUUUAUAAACUGAUAUUUCUGAUAUUUUAUGAAGUUUUCAUGACUGUGUAUAAUUUUUCAUUAACUCCAUUUCACCAAAAUUUAUACCAAGCAAAUAUUAUAUUUUUGUUUGAACUAAUUAACAGCCAAACCCGACGUUUUUGCCAAAAUGCUUCACUUAAUUAAUGCUAUUCAUGUUGAUCUUGAGGGAAUGUUAGGAAAUGUUAAUAAAACAAUAGGCAGGAUGUAUAUAUUAAAAACAAAUAAACCUGAUUCUGUAUUUAUGCCAAAAUAUUUUUUCUUACUGAUAUUCUGAUGAAAGUACAAACUUAUUUUGUGUUCUAAAUCCAUUUUGGAUUAACAUUAUAUACUAUGUUUUCUAAUAGUUGAUGAAUUAAAAUACAAACAUGUUAUUUUUUAGUCCAUUUUGGAUUAACAUAUACAAGUUUUUUAGUUAAAUUAAAAUGUGUAAAGAUUGCAACAACUGUCUCAUUCACACAAAAAUAUAUUUGUUUUCUUUUAUCUGUUGUUUGAAAUUUAUCAAAAGUGCAUUUUAACUUUUGUGCAGUAAAACAUGAAAUAAGAAUAAAAUAGGUAAUCUUGUCUUAGUAUACCUGCAAUCAAUUCCAUUAGAACAAGAUGUGUCUUUAUUAUUGUUGGUUUUGUAAGAAGGCCACCUAAGUUUAUUGACUCAAGGUAGUUAAAUCAUGUAAAAAUAAGUUGUCUUUAUUUACUUGAGUUAUUUCCCUGCCUAAAUAAUUACGUAUUUGAACUGUAGUAAUUUUG